AUGGACCCAGAUCUCGAUUCCGGCCUCUUUGGUAUCCAGCUAUCCGAUUCCGAAGACAGCAACAACGACACGGGGCCCGCGGAGGGUAAUCCAUCGAAGAAACAAGAGGCAAACACAACUACGGACAGGACUGCCCAAUCGGAAGAAGAAUUUCAAGCUGUGAGGAAAGAGUACAAAGUCAAAAUCGAGGAUGGAGAGAUAUGGAAAACCAUCAGACUCCCUCUAGGCCCAGAACGGAUCCCUAAGCCCGAGGCUCAAGCGUUGUUACACGCAGUAGAGGAACUAUACUUCUUUAGACGGUACACUGAAGGCGCUCAAUUCGUUAAGGCAGCAUUAGGCGAGAAUAGAGAUGACAGCAACGGAAGUAUAGGGUUGGGACUUGAUGAUGACACUAGAAACUUACUUCGAUAUUACGAGAGAAAGUGUGAUGAAAAGGCUGGGCACAUAUGA